AACGUUAAUUAAAAAACAAAAAAAAACGGUGACACCCUCAAAUCAAAAGAGAAGAGAAAACUCACCCCCAAAUCCCGACUGAGAGAGCUAUCUUCGACCACUCCCUAAACCCAGAAAGAAAUCGUUUUCGGGCGGCGGCUCCAAAGAGGUUUUCUCGGCGUCUCCGGCCACUACUCGGCCUGCUCCGGGCAAUUCUCGGUUGGUUGAGACUGACUUGCAGUAGGAUUUGAAGCUAGAUGAAUGAGCCACUGGAGGAUUUUAAUUGCAAAAUGAAUUUCGGGUGCAGAUUGAAUCGUUCACUGUAUCAGGUUGAAUAAGAUUAGACAUGCACAAUUGACCUGAAUAUAUUCAUUCGCUGAGCGCGGAAUAUAUUCAAUAAAAGACAUCAUUUGUAUGGGUCUUCUUCCUGUUUUUCUGACUCCUAAAUUCUUUAUUUUCACUUUUACACUUGCCCCAUAACAUAUCAUUAGUUGGAUUGUCAUGUAAGCAGCUAUCUAAAUAUUAUUAUUUUUUAAGUGAAAGGAAAUAAGAUAAGGAUUUUCAGAUUAUAAUUCUCUGACAAUGAGAUUUUCAUCAAGAAUACUCUCAUUUAUAAGAUUUGGGAAGACAAAGACCGCCAGAAUUGUUACCGGCCACUAGAAUCCCUAAGUGAGUGGAAAACACGGUGACAGUAAAAUGGGUAGAGCUUUGUGUGUCUUUUGGCCUUUUGAGGAUGGAGGUUGAUGAAGGGAGAACAUGUAUCUAGCCAAAGAACAUGCAUCUCGCGGUGUUGGAGCGGUUGCCUGGUGGAGUUUGAGAUAUUGGCAGUGGAAUAUGAGAGAGAGAUGGAGAGUUUUUGAGAUUUUUUUUUUUUAAUUUUUAAUUUUUUAUAAGAAGUGUUUUUGAGAUUUGAUUUGAGGGAGAAAGAUGUAGAGUUUCUGAAAUUUGAUUCCAGAAUGAAAGAGAAGGAGGAGGCAGGCUAUUGAAAUUUUCUUGGGUAAAAUGGUAUUUUGGAAAUGUGAGAUGUGUCCCAUUUUAAUUGGUUGGUCUCACCAAAUGUUGUGCUGAUGUGGAGAGAGUGUCUCAUAAGAUACUUUCUUGCUGAGUUGUGAGACAACAUUUAAUUUGCUGCAUAUGUGCUUCAGUCUAAAUGACAGCUGAUAUGUUGUCUCCUUCUCAGAUUCAGAGACUUGAUGACACUGAAUUUAGAAAUCAUUGGGCAAGAGCUUAUAUAAGGUCUCAACGGUAAUCAACAACAACCAUCAGCAUAAAUUAAAUGUUUACCAAUGAUCGGAGACAAGAAGAGCGAACUGGAAAAUAUGGAAGUCCAAGGCUGCAAUACCUUCAAGAAUUGGUGAGUCAGUUUCAAAACUCUACUGAUGAAGAAACAAAAGAGAAAAUUGCAGCUAAUUUGGCAAACUUUGCAUAUGACCCGUACAAUUAUAAAUUCCUGCGCCAGCUCAAUGUUUUGGAACUUUUCCUUGACUGCAUGACAGAACCCAAUGAAAGGCUUGUGGAAUUUGGGGUUGGUGGGAUCUGCAAUUCUUGCGUUGAUUUAGCGAAUGCUGCAAUUGUCACUCAGAGUGGUGGGAUUCCUCUUACAAUUCAAUGUUUAUCAAGCCCAGUUAGAAACACUGUGAAUUACGCACUUGGAGCUCUUUAUUAUCUCUGUAACGCAUCUAAUAAGGAAGAGAUUUUAAAGCCAGAAGUGGUUGAUAUCAUCAACAGGUAUGCUGCAGCCGAAGCUGUAAGUGUCAGCUUCAGUAAUCUGGCCAAGGCAUUUUUGGACAAACAUGUCAGAGCAAGUGAGGCCUAAAGCAUGCUUCUCAAGGUGGCUCAUUUACAAUUCGUUCCUUAUCUUGGCUAGAGCUUGUGUUGGUUCCUUGUUUGUUCUAAUCAUUACUCAAAUCCUUGUAUUGGAAUUCUGUCGUACGGUUUUAUGAUGGAAUUAUGUGAUAUUUUGGGUUACACCAAUAUGUAAGUCUGGGACAAAGGCUCAGGUUGUUAUUGAACAGGGAUAGCAGUAAAAAUUUAAAUGGAGACGAGGAACAAGAUCCCAGUUUAUUUA